GCCGUUGCCAAAUUUAAAAAAUCAUCAAAACCCAUCAAUAACGUCAUGGUAACCAAAUUAUCUUUUUUGGUAUAAAUAUGGGCUCUUCAUUUUUUUUUUUUUCCUCUCUCUCUCUUUUCUUACUUUUUUCAACUUUUUUUUUUAUUGAUAUUUUUUAAACUGAAAUAUGCGUUUCUCCUUAAUUUUCAUUGUUGCUUGUUUGAUGACUUUUUGUUGCGCAUCCAAGUUUGAAGAAAUAGAUCAACAUAUUGUCAAUAUGACACUACAACAUGAUUUUACAGACGAAUCCACGACUUCAUUAAAACAACGAUUUGUACUCGAUUCAUCUUCCACAACACCUAUCUCAACCGAUCCUAUACUUGCACUUGUCAUCUUUGUUGCACUCAGUUCCAUCAUGUUUUAACCCACACACACCAAAAAAAAAAAAAAAAAAGGGAAACACUUUCUUUUUAUUCCCCCCCCCCCUUUUUUUUUUUGC